UAGCCGGCAAGGCAGCGAUGGGAAGAGUCGCGCCGGGGCGGUGAGAGAGCAAAGAGUCCGCAGCCCGACAUGCCACCUCACAUGGAGGAAUACUUUGACCACGAGUCCCGGGUGCCCUCCGCCUACGGGCUGACCCGGGAUGACGAGCUGGAGCCCGGCGUCAUCGUCUGCAUGCUGGUGGGCGACGGCGCCGUGGGCAAGACCAGCAUGAUCGUCAGCUACACCUCCAACGGAUACCCGGUGGACUACAAGCAGACCGGUUUUGACGUCUUCUCGGGUCAGGUCCAAGUCGAUGGAUCCCCAGUUCGAGUUCGUCUGGUGGACACUGCAGGACAGGAGGAGUUUGACGAGUUCCGGUCACUGUCCUACUCGCACACGGACGUCUUCCUGCUGUGCUUCAGCAUGGUCAACCCGUCCUCCUUCCACAACAUCACCAAGAAGUGGGUGCCCGAGAUCCGCGCGUGCAACUCCACCUCGCCCAUCGUCUUGGUGGGCACGCAGUCGGACCUCCUGCUGGACGUCAACGUGCUCAUCGGCCUGGACCGCGACAGCGUCAAGCCGGUGGCCGGCUCGCGGGCGCGGGGCUUGGCGGAGAAGAUCCGGGCGACGGAUUACGUGGAGUGUUCGUCGCUCACGCAGAAGAACUUGAAGGAGGCGUUUGACGCCGCCAUUUUCGCCGCCAUCAAGAACAAGGCGCGGCAGGCCAAGAAAAGGCGGUCAUCGGACAGGCGCGCCAAGGCCUUCUCCAGGUGCAGCUGGAAGAAGUUCUUCUGCUUCGUCUGAGCUGACCGGGACUGUCGACCCUGUGGGUUGUGGACACAAAUCCUUAAUUUAUGCGCAGCUUUGGUCUGGAAAAGAGUCUGAAUGGAAGUGACAUUCGAUAAAACUGAAUCGGGAGAAAGUUCUGGAGCCCCUACCAAGGACUGCAGUUUUGUUUACAUGGGAAUACGCAGAUACGUCAACCACUAUGAUGCCAGUGGUUCUUCUGGUUGACCCCUUACGUUGGAAAACGUGUAAAUAAGUUACUCGCUACAAAAUGGCGCUAUCGCCAAAAACCCUGAAAAGGCAAUACGUGUGGAAAGCAUUUCUCCACUAUCCUUGAUAACCAUGUACUAGUACACUUGCUGUCCUCACUUGUAAGAUAUAAUAUAGUCGCCACAGUCACAUUAUAAAAUUCUGCAAAUUUUCGUCUCAAGUCAGAAAAAAAAGGUACUAGUAGCGCAGAUGUCAACUAGUGCCGUGAUUCCCAAAUGGUGCGCCGGGGUACAUUAGUGCGCCGUGAGCGCUCUUCAGGUGUGCCGUGGGAAGUUAUCUUAAAAAAAAAAAAAAAACAUUUAUUCCAAGAAAUAACCUAUCUUUAUUCAUCUAUUUAUGCCAACGAGGCACAAUGACAGACAGAACAAAAAAAAAUCCUCUUCUAUUAGAGCGGAGGAAAUACAUACAGUAAUUAAUCGAUCCAUUUUUGGUGAUAUUUACUUUUGUUGGUGUGCUGUGGGAUUUUUUUCAAUUGUAAAAUAUGGUUGGAAAUCACUGAACUAGUGGACAGUUUUACCUCACUAGUAACCUGUCCUACUAGUGUGCAAAAAUGUCAAAUUGUAGGAAAACAUUUCAAAAGUUACAAGACAGUCAGUUAAGUCGUCAACCUUAUUUUUACUACUUAAUCAUCUCACUAGUGAAGACGACGAGCAUAUAAAAGUGACAUUGAAUACAUUUUCAAACCGCUUUCCAUCAAUAUGCGUUGUAGGCGUUUACAUGUAUAAAAACAAUUCUAAGAUCAUGACAAGUUUGAUCAGAUUUAAUCUUUUCCAGUUUAUGAGGGACUUUUGCUUCCACGGCAAACCUGAAUUUGCAUAAGUCGGAACGCGCCAUCACUAACACAGAAGAAAUAAUCACAUAACGAGUCCCGAAGAAGUUAAAUGAAAACUAGUAAUUAAUCAACCCAGAUUGCCUUAUUGCAUAACCACGUAUUCUUAUGCUCGUCAGCAAACUAGCUCGCGGCGUGACAUUUGAAACCUCGUAUGUCAGCUACCGUCUUAAAUCCACGCACCCCAUGUAAAUGCGCAGAUGUUCUGCUAUUGUGGUGUACAGAGACAAGAUGCAAAUGAUAUUUGCAUACUCAUAUUUAUAUGCGGUGAGACAGAGGGGGUCAGUUUCAUAACACGAGCGUCGAGAAGCGCCGCAUUACCGGCCGCGUUUGGUUGUGCUGCGUAAAAAAAAAAAAGAGAAGUGGCACAUUCUUGCUUGAGUGCGGAAGGAUGCUGGCCUGACUGGUUUUUGGUGCAUUAAUUACACGACGGUGACUUUUUUUU